AUGUCUCACCAACCCGAGGAUCGUGUCAAACUGAUGCGUAUCUUUCAUGCACGUAUGGAUUCAUCAUACAACGAGAUUAUGCAAGCCUCUGAAGACCAAUGGCCCCAGAUCAGGCGUGAUUUCUUCUGUGGUGCACUGCUCGGACAUCCAGCUGAAAAGUUAACCAACUCUCGUGAAUUCCAUGCAUUCAAGAACGGCUUUGAUAAGUUUCUGACGUUGUCAUUGCCAUCUCUAUGUCAUGCAUUGGCUCCAAUGUCUAAGACAUUGUUUCAAGCCAUAUUCAACCGACGUGUCACAGCUGAAUCACUGAUCCCACUCUUGCGAUUUGAACUUGAUGGCGAUGGAAACUUUCGGGCACAAAUGUCUCCGCUGUUGCGUUCAUUCGAGGAUGCCUUCCAUCGCUAUCUCCGGGGUAGUGGUCGUCCAACGGACCCAUCAUUGGCUGCAUUCAUCAUUCACGAUGAUGCAGCUGCUGAUCCCAACUAUCGUGCUCGACGUUUUGUCAAGGUCUUGAGUGGAAUCAAUCUUCUGCCACCAACCACACUUCGUAUUUUCAAGAUUAAUCUAGUGCAAUCCAUCCCUGAUAGUGCCACCUUUGGCGGUCAAUAUAAUAUCCACCAGGACAUCAUUCCACCACUCCCGCACACUUGUCUUUACAAGUUGGAUGUCUUCAUCAACCAGCCACUCAUUCAGUAUCUGCAACACCCAUCUGAUGAUCCCAAUGCAUCAACUGUGUUGGAUCGCUGCCUCCAUUAUGUUUUUUUGGAGGCUGGCACAGAUGACUUUAACGCUCGAAUGCCCAUUUCAGUAUAA